CGCAUAGGAAGGCGCAUAGUAUAGCAGCAUGCUGUGCUGAGCGCUAGCUUUGAAAAAAAGGUCACCGAAAUUAUGUAAAUGAAAAGUAAUCAGCAAAAAAGCAGAGAACGGAGAAAAGAGCUGAAAUGAGUGACUUACCGAUGGUGAAGAGUACUAUGAAUAACCUGACCCAGAGAUCGCCUUAUAGCCAGAUCGGAAUGGGUGCUGCCGGGGGCUUUCUAACUGGCUAUGUGCUUCUAAAGGCCAGCAAAUUGGUGGCCGUGGCUGCAGGUGGCACCAUCCUGGCGAUCGAGCUAGCUCUGCAGGCGGGCUUGGUCAGGGUGGACGUGCUCAAGAUAAUGUCGCAAUCUCAGGAUCAGGAUCAACUUGGUGGGCAGCUGCAAGUCACCGGCGAGGGGAUGCAUCUCAUCCGUGUGCAAGAACUCGGGGACAAGGCCAGGAAAGUGUGUGCCACCAGCGGUCGUCUGUGUGUGGCCUUCUUCGGUGGCUUUCUACUCGGCUUUGGCUGGGCCUAACUAAUGCAAAUUAGCAAAACUACACACACAGUGCAUAUAUAUUUAAAUUGUAAACGAAAGUUCCCACCUGUAAUGCAGCUCUCUGGAAAUAUU